AUGUACCGAGCGCCUCUACCCAAACACGGCCUUGUACACCUUCCUCGCAUUCCACAGCACGAUGAACGGGAUCCCCCAACACGCGGCAUCGCCGAUCUCCUUCAAGCUCCUCAACUCUGCCGGCAACACCACAAACCUACUACCCCCUCGUGCUUCGUUCGCAUCUACACCUUUACCCUCCUUCACCAGCUUCGUAAACUCGCCACCCACGAAAUCGCCAUCGGUGUAGAAGCGAUGCAUCUCGUCAUCCUUGCGAGUCCACCUCUGCCUCAACCAAUUCUCGAACGCCGUUCUCUCUUCUUCGCUGCUUUCCGCUGGUUUGAUGUUCUCUCCCAGUGGUGGUGUGUCGACUUGUGCACUCGAGAUGUGUGCGACGGAAUCGGCGUUGCUCGAAGUAUCGCCUGCAACGGGAGGAGUGACGCGUGUCAUGGUGAAGUGGACGUGGAUCGCAGGUGGCGGUACGCCUUGCAUGAAGAUGCUCCUCAGCGUGUAGAAAUCCUGACCGUGUCCCGCCGGAGGAACGCCCGGAUACCCAACGGUGAAGUCGACCAACCACAGAUCAUCCAUCUCCUUGGCCAACGUUCUCAAACAGAAGAACAAUCCCGUCGAUCUAGGCAACAGGCAAUUCUCCAGAUCCUUGAUCCCCAUCUUCUCUGCGAAUUUUGCCGAAACAGGUCUCGUCUGAUUCGACACCAGUGUGCCUUCGGGAAAGAUGAGGAGGAGAAGUUUCUUGGCGGUUCUGUUGGUAGACGAAGAUUGGGGGGAAGUUUCGACGUGGUUUUGGGAAGAGACUUCCUCCAGUUGUUUUGCCAGUUGAGCCUGAUCGCUGGCCCAAUUACGAGCCAAAAAGAUGAACCGGUAGAACUGCAUACCCCACCCAAUGAAGGGGAUCCACUUGAGCGAUUUCUUGAGGAUGAUCAAAAUGCUAUCCCCCAAAUCCGCAUAGUACGCCAAACACCACAGAUACAACCAAUCCGUAUACACCUGGUGGUUCGACAUCCAAACCGACCUACUCGGCAUAUCCACCCCCACAAUCCUCCCGCUCUUCUUGUCCCGCCGAACGAACGUCUCCGGAUCGAGAUAUCCACCUUUACCAUCUCCGAUGGAGAUGACGAGUUGGGUAGGUCCGAAGAACUGCGAGAUGAUGAGCAGGAUGCGUGCGAAGGCGAGCUUGGUGUAGGCGAUGUGCGAGUGGUAGAUGGGUUUGGUGGAGGGGUGAAGGCUGAGGGGCCAGGAGAGGAGUUGAAAGAGAUGUGCGGAGAUGAUGCAGCCGUUGAAGACGAGUGCGAAGAGGAUGGAUUGCACAAAAAGAUGACAGCCUCGGCUGACACGUCCCGACACUCGGAUGGGUAG